GGAGAGGGGGUUCAGCGAAAAAUCGGCAGCCGGCAGCAGGAAGUAGCUGACACUGGCAGCUGACGUCAGCUGACACUGACAGCCGGAAGUCUUACCAUAUUAGGAAGGACCUGCUAUUUCGUGGCAGCCAAUCAGUAUCGUUCACCGUAGUAGCAACCAAUCACAUUUAACUGGAAACCCGCGAAUCUUCAUAAUACCGGUGGUGUUUGGUUCGGUAAGUUCGUAGUAUAUUAAUUAUAAGAUUAGUAAGUAAUUGUUGCUUUGUAAGUUGGAUUUUAACUGUUAUGUUAGAGACAGUGUAUCUGUGAUUAACAGUUAGUUGAAUUGAUUAAUUUAAUAAUUUGUAGAAAUACCGCUUGUGUACCAUGUGGUCCUGGUUUGUGAGGGGCAAUCAUUAACUUAAAAUACUAACUUAAUUUACUAUUAUUACCAUUAAACAUUAGCGUUUGUUAACAUGUUAACUUAAUCUAUUGAUUAGAAUAAAGCUCAUGCUGAUUCAUUGGAAGUACUGACAAGCUCAGCCUUGAUGAUUCAAGUACACCACUAACCAUAUCGUUUUUUGUGCAUUUCAUUUUUCAGGGGAUUGUCUGAUAUUCAACCAUUUACUGAUUUUUGUUUUAUUGCUAUUGCUUUUUUAACAAAACAGUUCUUUUAAGAACUACCUUUCUUUCUCAAACUUUCUCAAACUCUUUACUGUCCUCUUUACCCACCUCUUGUGUAACUGCCUAUCGAUUAUGGCAGGUAAGAAGCCAAUUUUUUCCCUAAAAUCUUACUAACUAAAGUUAAUUUGAGCAGAACAUGCAAACACCUCUCCAUGGUUAAAAUGUAAUUGGACUUCUAAAAUGUUUUACCUUUUAUAUAUACUAUGAAUUUGUGUUGCUAUUUUUAAAGUAUGUUAUUUUCUUGUAUACACUGCAUGUGUAGGAAUACCCUUUGCUUUUGGAAAAGAUGAAGUCUUUUCUGGGACAGGCAGCUGUCCCUACUGUACAACUGGGGUAAUGUCAAGUCCUGAGCACUUUCAGGCAAAGCAUGUAAAACAUGCCAUAUAUUUUGAGGACAAUGGCAUCCAAAAAUAUUGUGUUCCUUGCUUUUGUUUGAACACCCGACAACAAAAGAGGUGCCAUUGGCAUUGCCCGAAGUGUCAGCACAUCUUGUGCCGUGCCCCUGACUUUAUAAAGCACCUACAUAAUCAUGAUCUUUCAGUUAUAGGCAAAAUUACCAACAAGCCAGACAAAGGGCCAUCUUCAGAAAAAUCACAGGCAGGGCAGCAGGUCAGGGAACAGCCACCUAUCUUUUGUAUUGAUGAACGAAAUGGAAUUUUUGUCACCCCAAAAGAUGCCCAUGGACCUAGAGUCCCUCUUCACGUAAAGAAACACAUGGUCUCGGGGUCUGUUGCCUGUGAGUCCUCUGUGUGUCGAGAUUUUAUGAGGAUUGGAGUUGAAAGCGGCAAUCCAGGCCUUGAAUGCAUUCACCUUCAGAGGACAAAUAGAGCAGUGUGCUAUUCUGCACCAGCCUCACUUAGGGAGGAUUCUUUGCAGUCCAUGGUUGACAAUGGCCUGCUGUCAAAAACCCGACUAGAUGAAUGUGUGCAGCUAAGAAACCGAAGUAUUGCUGGUGGUGUGGAUUGUGUAUUUCCCAUUAUUUGGCACGAGCAAACCUCUGUCAGUUUUUUUUAUUUUUCAGUGUUUACUGGGGUAAAAGACAGCUGGUGUCAGUUCAAAAGGACCAGAGUCUCUUUUGAUAGCCAUCUGGGCAAGUGGCACUGCCAGUGCCGCAAUAAAAUAAGAAGCUGUGUCCACAGAUACCUGUGCAUGUGGUGGCUGUUUCAAGAGAAACCCCAUAUCCUUUCUUGUCAAACUGAAACACAUGCUGAAGACAGUGAUGUGGAUGAAAGGGUCAGAGAUGUUGCAGAGACAGAAGUGGCAACACUGGCUUCUACUGACAUACAGGAGUUGACAGAUUAUUUGUGGAGACAAAAGAGGGUGCCAGAAAACCUUCCACAGGAUUUGUCGACAAAAGAACGCCAAAUCCCAGAUUUCUUUGAACCUCUAGAGUCCAAUUGUCCUUAUUGCCCUGGUCCCACUCCGCCAGCUUUGGGGGAGAGGGUACUAAUUACACGGCAUGGGACAGUGUACGGAAUAUCUUCAGUGACUCGAGAUGUGCCAGUGUAUGUGAAGAACUGCCUUGUCUGUAAACGUCCAGUGAGGUUUCAAGAAUAUCAGUCUGGUUUUCAUAAUUAUGAUAACAGGACCUUUUUGACCAUUCCCCUCUGUUCUCUUCUGACAUCUGGACUGGCAAAUCAUAUUGCCCUUGGACGUUUUCUGCAAACCAUGGAGGAUCAUGCCAACAUCACUUUUCCACACAAUUUGAUAAGAAAAGCAUUUUAUCAUUUCUCUGCUCUGAGGGAGUACUCCUAUAACUAUUCAUGUGUCAGAUGUGGCCACAGUUCUCCGGUUUUGGUUGCCGAUGGAAACUGGAAAAUUGCAUUUGAUUUACCAGCACAUCUGUUUAGACGGCCAAAUUUGGACAAUAUCAGCCAAGAGGAUACUCAAGUUAAUGUCAGCACAAGAUGGGAGACGCUUGAGAAGGAAAUGACUGCUGCUGGGUUCUGUGAUGGCAACAAAUGUGCCAAUCCUUAUUCACGUCCCUUGACAUACACUGCCUUUACUCCUUGGCUGGGUAACUGUUCUAGGAUAAGCGAUAUUGUUCCAAAGACAGAAGUGUACAAAGUUCUAUCUCAGAAAGAUCGUGCUUUCACCUCUAGCUGUGGCUUGGAGAUCGAUGAAGAAGCCAUUAUGCAAGUGCUGGAGUCCAAAACUCCAAAGAAAGAAGCCUUGGUCAAAGCCUGCAAUGCCCUUGGAGUGUCACACGUGGGUAGUACCACUGACUUGAUUAACCGACUUGAGGAGCUACUCCUUUACAAGGACUUGUACCCGAAAAUGUUUGUUAAGCUUCAGAAGGCUGGUGGAGGUGUUUUGCACAUGUCCUGCCCACACUCUGUGGUGUACUACCAGUCAGCACUGUGGUGGCAAGAGUCUGCACGCGAUCAUGGAGAUGCUCUUUUGAGCUUUAAACACCCUCCCACAGUGUAUGUAUCAGACAUUGCUGGACGUGUUGCAAGACACGUUAAUAAUCGCACCAUCCAACGUUUUUUCCAGCCGUAUGAUGGACGACUUUGUGAAAACACUACUGCACACAUCCAGGCAGCAGUGGAAAAACGACUUGAAGUCCGGUUCCCAUGGGUGACAAGUGUUGGCUUCUCAUCUAGAAAAGUCUCUGAAAAUGAGGCCACCUAUUCUUCUGACACUUUGUCCUCACUGCAUCCUGUGACAGGAACCAAUGCAAGAUUCUCUUUGUAUGAUCGGUUCCAUCAGAAAAAUCAAAAGCGACAAGAGGAGGUUUUGAGAAGUUUGAAAUUGGCACCACACGUGGCUGCUCUUGUUAACUCAUCCGUAGCUGAACAGCUAAACCGGGAGUUGUCUUCCAGCAGAUAUUCUUUGUGUCAAAUGAGAGAUGAACAUUACAUGUUCUCCCUCCGACUGUACUUCCAUCUUCACAACAAAAGAGUUAAUGAAAAAUACAUGAAAACUUUGGGGGAACAGGCUAAGCAUUCCAUCCGCAUUGGCCUACAUGGGAAAUUGACAUUCAGGAGUGAAGGUAGUUGUUUUAUUUCACAAAGUUCACCAAGGCCUGACACAGAUUGCUGGGGACGGACAAACAUACGUGCCAGGAAGGAAACCCCAGAUUUCCAGUUGCAAAACCAACCAAAUCCACUGUUUGAUCAUGUUUUGGAUGGGACCCAAUCACCAGAUGAGAUCAUAGGUGCAGUGGGUAAAACAGUGUUGAAAAGAUCUGACUUGAUGUCUUUAGGAUUGAACCAGGAAGUGGAGGCAACAGUGAUGAACUGUUGCCUUUCUCAGCUAUCCCACAUUGCUGGAGAGAAGGGCAAGGAUGUUCAUGUUCUUGAUUCAUAUGUGGUGGCCACUUGGCAACAACCUCUAAAUUGUGAUCCAUUUCUGUCUCUACCAACUGAUGCAGCCUCAAAAGACUGCAUCCUAUUUCCGAUUUGCAAAUCAGCUCACUGGACCUUAUGUCUCAAUUGCAAUAAAGAUGGUUCCAGGAUCUUGGAAGCUUGUUAAAAAUAAGGGUGUUCCAGCACAGUUUGGAUCUGUGGACUGCGGUGUAUUCAUGCUAAUGUAUGCACUGUACACCGUGUUUAACUGGGAGUUUGACUUCACCCAGCAUGAUAUGGCCCAUAUCAGGCGGUGGUGGGUGAAUCUGC